GGGCGGUCCCUUCCCCACGGACACCACCCCCCUGCCUCCGGGACACCUCGCCGAGGGGCCCCUGUGGAUGCCCACUGAGCUCCCGAGCACAAAGACAACAUUCCCUGGUGCCCGGCAGCGGGAUGACAGCCAUCCUGGAGCGGAUCAGCACGCUGUCCCUCAGCGGGCAGCACCUCAGCCGGCUGCCCCGGCUGCUGGAGGAUGGCUUGCCCAAGAUGCCGUGCACGGUGAAGGAGUGUGAGGUGCCGCAGCUGUUCCGCGAGCCCUACAUCCACUCCGGGUACCGCCCCACCGGCCAGGACUGGCGCUACUACUUCCUCAGCCUCUUCCAGAAGCACAACGAGGUGGUCAAUGUCUGGACCCACCUGCUGGCGGCGCUGGCCGUGCUGCUGAGGUUCAAGACGUUUGUGGAGGCUGAGCAGUUGCCCGUGGACGCGUGGUCCUUGCCUCUGCUCAUCUUUGUCCUCUCCUCUGUCACCUACCUGACCUGCAGCCUCCUGGCCCACCUGCUGCAGUCCAAGUCGGAGCUGUACCACUACACCUUCUACUUCGUGGACUAUGUUGGCGUCAGCAUCUACCAGUAUGGCAGUGCCCUGGCUCAUUUCUACUACAGCUCCGACCAAGCCUGGUACGACAAGUUCUGGCUUUUCUUCCUGCCGGCAGCAGCUUUCUGUGGCUGGUUAUCCUGUGCCGGCUGCUGCUAUGCCAAGUACCGGUACCGACGGCCUUACCCCAUCAUGAGGAAGAUGUGCCAGGUGAUCCCAGCCGGGCUCGCCUUCAUCCUGGAUAUCAGUCCCGUGGCCCACCGGGUGGUUGUGUGUCACCUGGGGGGCUGUGAGGAAGAUGCUGCUUGGUACCACACGUACCAGAUACUGUUUUUCCUUAUCAGCGCUUAUUUCUUCUCUUGCCCCGUCCCUGAGAAGUACUUCCCUGGCUCCUGUGACAUCGUUGGCCAUGCCCACCAGAUCUUCCACACCUUCCUGGCCAUCUGCACCCUGUCACAGCUGGAGGCCAUUCUUUUGGAUUACAAGAACAGGCAGGAGAUUUUCCUGAAGAGACACGGGCCUUUCACCGUUUAUCUCUCCUGCAUCUCUUUUUUUGGCUUGGUGGCUUGUAGUGCCAUCACAGCUUACGUCCUGCGGCGCAGGAUCAAGGCCAGCCUGGCUACAAAGGACUCCUGAGAGUCACAGAUGUGAUGGGCAUGGCAUCACCAGACAAAAUCAACAAAAAGGGGGCAUAAAAUAUUAGAGACGCAGCUGUCUUAUUUGCCUAACACGCUGUGACUAACCGGGACCCUGGACUCGGGUGGAGGGCUGGACACUUCAUGCUGGAUGCACUUUCACAGCAGGGAUUGCCUUUUGCCAUCUGGGGAGGGGGGACGUGGAGUGUUUUAAGGCAGAACAAGUCAUUGAACCGAGGAUGCUGGAAUAGGCAGAGGUUCCUUGUUCAUUCUGGUAAAGUUGGGGGUGAUACACUGCUCAGUGUCAGGGAGGGCAGCCUGAAGGCUGUGAGACUGUAAAAGAGACUGCCAGGGCUCAGAACUCCAUGAGGAACUCAGCUGGAUGUGAUGAUCUCUCUGGGCUUUGCCAUAUCUGUGGGAGAACUGUUCCUAUGAAAGGCAGUAGGAAGGUUUCAGGGGGAGUUUACAUUUCUAGGGUUCAGCUGUGAGGGCACGUGUGGCACAGUGGCUGGCACAGUCCAUUUUCUGUUCCAAGUUCUCUCUACAGUCCCCUUGUCAAGUAUGUCAAUGCCAAGUUGCUGAGGUGGCUUUGGCAAAACAUCUUUGGAGACUUAGGCCUGACCUGGGGUCCUCUGGGACAAACUGGGUCUGUAUCAUCUGUCUAGGGAGGCUGACUGACUGACCUGCAAUGUCCACGCAGUGUAGAGUAACUUGGAUGUGGCCUGUUUGAUGCAGGAAAGGCUCUGAUCCUCCAACAGUCCCACUGUGGUCAUGGCCAAGAGGGCAUGAAGGUGAAGGAGUCUUUAUUCUCCUCUUAAUGGUGCUUUUUGGGACACCAAACAGUCCUUGGUGAGCCUUGUGGGAAAGCUGACCUUGAAAAACCAGGGUUGCUUUUCUCUGACCAAUUGGAUUGUGACUCUGGCGUGUUUUUAUCAGCACUGGAUGAAGGUAGAACAGCAAAAGGCAGGAGCAGGGUGACAGGAUUAGGGUCCUGUGCAACCUUGGGAUGGGUUUGUCCUUGGGACUUGGUGAUUCCUGUGUGGAGUAGCAAAGAUAGUGGUCAGGGACAGUUGAAGUCCACGGGUCAGUCCUGUCCAAGGUGUAGCAAAGGUUGGGUUACUGUGACCCCCACUAGAUGAGUCUCUUCUGUGCUUGCUUGGGGGGGAAUUUCAGAUAUGGAGCCACCGAGGAGGUAUAAAUCCAUGCUGAAACCAAGGAAUCCAUGGGAUCUAUUCCAGCCAUGGAUUUGUCUCAGUGAACCCAAGGGCAGGCAAAUGUAUUGUGAUUGCUGGUUCUGAGCAGGCAGAGUGUAGGGUUGGGGAUAUGGUUUGUGAGGACAAGCACUGAUUUCUGCACUUGAUCUGUGGUUUAGCUCUUGAGGUGUGUCUGUGUUUUGUGUACAUGCCUGUGCACGUGAUUUAUUAUCCAGAAAGGCUUUGCCUUUGGAUUUUCUAUCUGCAGAGCCUCCUAGUUGGGUUAAGAUUCACCUGAAGGAAACAGUGCUGUGCUGCUGGAGGAGCAAGGUGGGCCAGAGAGAGGAUCUAUAAAUAGAUCUUUGCUGGUCCUGUGUUUUGUGGAUAAAUUUGGAACUCAUGGCCCUAUAGACAAAUUAAAUAUAGAGGAGGGAAGUAAGUUGGGAGUAUAGGAGAAGAAAUCAUAGGAAAGCCUUCAGGAGGUCAUCUACUCCAACCUUUCUCAUCAGUCUGGCCUCCUGGUUCACAUCCAGUCCAUUUUAGAAGUUAAUUACUUCAUUUCUUCUGGUGUUUUUGAUAGUAUGGCCAUGCUGACCUAACAGUAAAUCUGUCUCAGGGGAGUGGCAAGUGGGAAUGGUCUCACUUGCACCUCAUUAUACCCCUUCCCAUGCACAUCUCACCACGGAGGGAGCUGGUGCCGGGAGACGGAGCAUCCGGAAACCAAUCCUACUGAAAAAAUGUCAGUAAUUUGGGCUGGUUUUAACUCUGAGCCAGCUCACUUGGACAACACUGCUGCCUGCAGGGAAGGGCUGGAGUGGAGGCCAGCAGCAGUCCCUCCUUGCAUGGCAGCUGGCAGCUCAGUUAGCCCAGCUGCACUGAUGGGCUGUUCCCUCCAUGGCCCCUCUGGCUUUACUUGUGGGUCUCCACCCAGUUUGGGGAAGGGCUUCCUGUGGGAGCAGAGAUUUUUCUCACAGCCUUUUGGGGUAGGUAGGGCAGAAUAAGGCACUGAGUGUAGAAUAAGGCUGGAAGAGGUGUAAAUCAGGCUGGUCCAGAGCUCAUUUCUGGGAUAAAACGGAGAGGGAUUUGGCAUGGCUGCUAAUAACAAACCUGCUCUGCUGCUACCUGGAGUUACACUGGUACCAAAGGAAGGGAUCACCCAGGUGUCUCCUUCUCUAAGGGUUUAAGAUGACAUGUCCUGCCCGUGUCAAAGGAGGGUGAGUACAGUAAUGCUGUCUAGUUCAGGGACACGGAGAGGUGCCCACAUGGCUCUUUUCCAAGGUGUUUUUGGUCAUAUGCCUUCUCCCUGGUUGAGCAGAAGUGACACUUCUCCUCUGGAGCAGUUGUGUGACAGUGGAGGUGUCAUUGCACACUCUCCCGUUUCCCCUCAGGUGACGCCGCUCCCGUCCCCACGGUGGCCCUGCAUUCCCACCUGGAGCUGACCUCCUGGUUACUAUGAUGGGUGGAUGGGGCAGGGACCUGCCAUACGGAUCUGUGCUGCUGUGAGGAUGCGCCCUUGUGUCACAAGGGGCUCGCCAACACUGGAGCUUCCUUCAUCCCUGUCUCCAUCCUCCUCCCCCUCCAAUCAGCUCAUUUCUUUCCUUCAUCCCUGUGCCUUGUACACCUGGCUGCCUACCUGGGCAGGCUCCAUAUGCUGUGCAGUCUGCUGGGCCUCAACUGGGAAGUGGCUGUGGAUGCCCUCUGGAAGCCCUGCCGUUGAUCCAGAGGAGACCAGGGCUGGAUCCAGAGAGAGCAAAAGUGUCACUGUGAUAAAUACUCAGUUGUCUGGGAGCUGUUCAGGCCUUUUCCUUGGGCUCAAUGCUUGGAGCAUGUCUCCUUCCAUUCUGGUAUUCCUCAGGAGGCAAGGUCGGGAAGGAUGUACCCAUGGCCAGGUUUUGGUGAAGAGCUGACCACCAAAGGUUGAGCACACCUGAGAUGCCAAAGGGACCAAGGUUCUAAUCCUCUCUCCCAGGAGUCUCUUGUCCUGAGACAGUAUUCUUGCAGAUUUUGCAACCAGGACAACUCCCAAGAAUUCAUCCCAAUGUGCCUUAUGCUGUUUCUUUUUUGGGAUUCAUCCUGAAGGAACCUGAGGAUCAGUGGCAGCCCCUUUGCUGUCUGCUGGUCCAUGGUUGCUCUUAACAGCUAUUUCCCACUGACAGGAUUUCCUCACUGUAUGGAGCAAGAGAGGAGGAUGGAGACAGGUGCCUUAAAUUUGUAUUUAUGCCUAAUAAUUUGUGUAACGAGGCAAGGACAGGUUCCUCGUGUGCCUUGCAAUUUACAACUUUUACUGACAAGAUUAUUUUUAAGCACUGUUUGUUACUAAACAGAAGUACAAAAGAGUUUGUAUUUUUUUUUCCUCUGGGAAACAAGGAAGGGUAUGAGUGUUCCAUAUUAACCAUUCCCUUCCCAACUCCCAUCUGCUGACUUUGUAUUGUUGAAAACAUUGACAAUAUUUUAAGCUUUGUACUGUACUGAUCUUUAUUUAAAAACCUUAGUGAAAAAAAAAAAUCUGUGAAAGCAAAACAA